AUUCAGAAUUCAUCAAUUAAAUUAACAGAGAUGGUUGAAAAAUCUACAAUGAGAUGGUUAUGCGCUGUUUGUACUUGCUGUUUUUGGCUCAAUUAUUAUGGCUUUUUAAAUAAUUGUGUAAGAGGAUGUUAAAUUUGUAUAGAUGGUAAAUUAAUCUAAUAUUUGAAGUUUUUGAUGCAACAGUAUCAGCUGUUUGGAAAGGGAUAUUUUGUAUAUUCAUGUGUUGUUGUUUUGGGUUUGAAUGUAUGACAUGUGUUUUAUGUAUCUACUCAUGCAUUGAAUUAUUUAAUGAUCCAUGUUAAAGAUAUUAAGCUGAAGAUUCAUGGAUCAAUGCUUUUUGGCAGUUGGUAUAUCUAAAGGAUCUAGAAAUAGAAGGAACAGUUAGAGAAAAACUUAAAGAGAUAUUUGCUAAAUGAUAAAAUGAAUAACAUAUAUAAUGGAUUGC